CUGCUCACAUGCGUCAACAGCAGAUAUCAACCUCGCCAGUAUUCAAGUGCGAUACGAAAAAGGCCAAGACAUCACUAUCCCGCCUAGAAACAGCAGAGAUUUAUCAUUCCGCCUUGUGAAAUCGAUUAUAUCUUACCACGUUGCAUCGUAUUUCGAGGCAGACGGCCAUCCCGACGAUCAGUAUGUCUGCGCCGCCCGACACGGUCAAAUCUCCUACUCCCGAAAACGGUCCAGAGUCACCAACAACAGCCCGACCUCUCGAGAUGGACGACGACGACAUCCAGGAAUCAGGCGUCUUGGGCGAGGACGGUGCCCAUAAACCCAACCCCACGACUCCGGCAACGACAGCAGCAGGAUCAACAGAGGGGCCUCCACCAAAACCUCCCCGGCCGAUGAGCGAGCAGCAGAAAAACGAGUUGAUACUGAAGGAGGCCUUCCCCGCCGUUGACGUGCCCGUUAUUAAGGCCGUCCUGUCAGCCAGUGGUGGUCGUAUCGAGCAAGCCUUCAAUGCACUUCUGGAGAUGACAGAUCCAGAUGCCGUGCAGCACGAGCACCAGCAAGAGGAGCAGCCGCCCCCGCCACCCCCGAGACCUGUGGGCGCGCCUACCACUUCACAGUUGGAGGCCGACGAACUGUAUGCCCGCCAGCUCGCGGAACACUACAGGAGCGUUGGCGAGUACGAGGCGAGAACCUCGAGCCGCGACCCUAGAAUGCCGCGCGGGCGCCAGCAGACGGGCCUCAAACCCAACGAGAUGUACGACCGGGAGCACAGCUUCAUCGACGACGACCUGCCGGUCAUCAAGGAGAAUCUCCGCAAGGGCUUCCAGGAUACGCAGAGCAUGGUCAAUACGUGGUUUACGAACUUCAAGAAGAAGCUGGACGAGCAGUUUGACGAGGGUGAGCAUGACGAAAACGCACCAGGGGGAAGCUCCUUCAUCGGCCGGCCGAGCCGAGACCAGAGCCGGAGGAGCGCAGAUUACGAUCGCUACGACGCCGACCCAGAACUGCUCAGCGACGAUUUUGCGGGUAUGAAGUUCAAUAGCGAUGGCACUCCGAUCCAGCCUCAACAGUCCUACGCAAACCCCAACCGUUUCCAACCUCCCCCACCGUCCAAGUCGCCGAAGUCCAGUGAUGGAAGAAAGGUUGCAUUCAGUGAGAAGGUCGACAACAUUGAUGCCUACGAUGCCUCGCCUCGGAUUCCGCCCAAGGAUUCCGCUGCUGGCGCUGCUAAGACCAGCAAAUGGCAGCCGUUAUCGACAGUCGAGCCUAGCCCUGUCGCAGAGAAUGACCCUUUCAGCCUGGGAGACAGCGAGGACGAGAAAGACGCCAAGGAUAAGACUACGAGCAAGGAGAUCAAGAUGGAGGACUCAGAGAGGCUCAAGAGGGCUGCCGCCGAGGCAAUGUCUGAUAGUCUUGUCGACGAAAAGCCAAAGGCCGGAGCCGCCAGUGACUCCAAGGAGUAGGGAGAUGCGGGGAUGCUGUUUGGGGCAAGUGAAUCGCGGGUUGCGCAUGGCGCCUAGGGAACUGGUAACAGCGAUGGAACUUGUGUGAUUUUAUUUUGUGGAGGAGAGAAUAAGUACAAUUUCAUUUGGCAUCUUGACGAGUUUGCGAGUGUUUUGAGGAAAGGGAGGUCAACAGGCCGAACAAACAACCAGGGAACCAGGGAACCAGGUCCCCUCCCGAAAACCAGAUGAACAAUUGAUGACAUGCAAAAUUCUGCCCCGCA